AUGGCGGCCUCAUCCUUCCCCGCCCUCGGCGCCCUCCUCGCCCUCGGCGGCCUCCCGCUGUCUCUGCCCUCGGCGGCCUCGCUCCUCAACCUCGCCCUCCCGCCCGCGCCGCUGGACGAGAACGAGGUGGCGCAGCGCGUGAAAAAGUACGGGCAGGUCAUGCGGUCCUACGUGCUCAGCCAGCCAGUGGACCCGGUGCACCUCCGCGCCUCAGGCCUGGACAGCGACCCCGCUCCCCUGUGCCCCGGCAACGCCGACCAGCUGGCGGCCCUGAAGCAGCCGGCCAGCGUCGCCGACGCCCAGCUGCUCGCGGGACUUCUGGACGGCCUGCAGCCCGUGCUGAAGCCGGAGCAGCCGAUCGCGAGCCCCGAGGACCUGAUCGCACCGUUCCCCGAGAUCCCUUCGACGUCCCAGCCCGCCGCCGCCUGA